AUGACAGUGGGACCAUUGGAUUAUUUUCUAGAGAUUGCUCGUUCUAUUCAAUUCGUGCGGGUCAACAAUAACUUUCGGUCACCUGUUCUUUUGAACGAAAGCAUGAAGUCGACCAUAUACCUUCCAGCUGAGGACAAAAUGAAGCUUGUUUUUCCUUCCAAUGUUCAAUUGUUUACUUUUCCUGAGGAAACAGCACUAACAGUCUGUGAUCCCAUUAUAAGUGCCGCGGAGCGUGGUCAAGAUUUGGCUACUUGGUCUCUGGUCUGGCCACCUCUUGGAUUGACUGCAAAAAUAUAUCUCGUGAAGUAA